GUCCCACCUCCAAAUCUACGAUCUUCUCUUAGGUUGGCAAGAAGAGAUGGAUCCAACCAUCGCGAGGAUUAGAACGAACCGGCAUUCCCUGACUCCUUCCCUCCGCGGGGUACGCUGGGGGCUGUAGUUCUCCGCUGGCUAGCAGUGCACGGUGGGGCCGGGAAAGUUGAUCUCGGAGAACUACAAUCGCCCUGGGCGGGCCUCACCGGCUCCUUUGCAGUGCAUUCUGGGGAAUGUGGUUUGCUGUGGCUUGGAGACGCUUCGCUGGGUGGCGGAGCCAGUUCCGAGAAACCACGGUCGGGGAAGGAAGUGUCGGUUUAAUUCUCACCCCCACGGCCCAGGCUUGGGUCCUCAGCGGGUGCGCUCUGGAAGGGUCCAGCUGCUGGCAGGACUGCUUUUCCUGAACACGCUGCAAGCACGUGAAGGUAGUUGGGAGUCCCCUAGCCAUGGAUAAAUUCGUCAUUCGAACGCCUAGAAUCCAGAAUAGCCCUCAGAAGAAAGAUCCUGGUGCAAAGAUUUACAAGCAGGCCACGAUUGAAUCUCUUAAGAGAGUUGUGGUUAUAGAAGACAUAAAAAGGUGGAAAACUACGUUGGAGCUUCCUGGUCAGACCAGAGAGAAUCUAGUUGAAGCUUUACGAGAAUUAAAGAAGAAAAUACCCUCCAGGGAAGUGUUAAAAUCAACAAGGAUAGGUCACACUGUGAAUAAGAUGCGUCAGCACUCAGAUUCAGAAGUGGCUUGUCUUGCUGGAGAAGUUUACACUGAGUGGAGAACUUUCAUUGAAAAACAUUUAGACAGACCUUCUAUUGAAGUGCGAAGUGACCCCAAAACUGAGACAUUCAGGAAAAAUGCCCAGAAAUUACUCUCAGAAGCCUUGGAAUUAGAGAUGGAUCACCUACUGGUUGAAAAUAUUGAGCGGGAAACGUUUCAUCUCUGCUCCCGCCUCAUUAAUGGGCCAUACCGGCGGACGGUGAGAGCCCUGGUCUUCACAUUAAAGCACCGAGCUGAAAUCCGGGCUCAGGUGAAGAACGGCUCGCUGCCAGUCGGCACGUUUGUACAGAACCACAAAAAAUGACCCGAGGAUGGUUCCAAAGCUGGGCUGGGCAGAAAGCAAAAUGGGCCUCUCUCUGCCAUUCAAAGACUCUUUUGAGUUUGGGUGAUGGCUGCUGCUGGUGGUGCUAAAUUUUCCCAUGGUGCCAUUCCUUCAGACAGAGGAUGCGGAGAGCCCCGGGAGCCAGGCCUGCGGGAGAUGCUUCAUUAGCUGUAUGCACUUGCGCUGCCUCACGGGACGUGCGCUGGCUGUCACUAGGAAGCGCGGUAUGGUUGCCAUCACCCAACCCAGUGAAAGGGUGACAGAUUUCACUGUGAGUGCGCCAAGGACACCUCUAAACUUCCCCCAUGUCAGGCAGAUGAAGUUACUACUUUAUUUCGCCACCCUGCAGGUAACUGAAACUCAAUUACUGUGGCUGCACACUCAGUUCCAUCCCCCUGAGUUUAGAUAGCUCUGGUGCCUCUCAGAACUCCCCUGUCUGUUCUCUUUGCUCUACCCCGGGGGUGAGCCUGCUGGAGCCAGCCAACUACCCCUUCUUUCCAGAACUCACUUAUCUGAACAUUUCAGCUCUCCCUGGAAGACCUUCUGCAUUGGUCUCCAGAGCCCCCAUGCUGAGGCUUCUAAUGAGGAACUGGCCUGAAGCGUCCCCCUACCUUGGGGUUUAUUUGAAUACGCUGGCUCUUGGUUUAGGGCUCCGUAGAAGAUACAUAAUGAAAUUUCUCUUGAAAUGAAUUACCACAGUAGAAAAAAACACAUCUAUAUUCUGAAAUGAAAUGCCUCUGUACAGGCCUGCUUGAACAAUUACAUAAAUGAGAUUUGCUCUUUU